UCUUCCUUCAACCGCGUUUCGUUUAUCGAGUCCGCUUCUUGUUCGGAUUCCGGGUCUGAUUAGGAAAGGCCAAAGGAGACAACAAUGAAGAAGUCUCAAGACGUUGGUGGCUCGAGCAAAGAAGAGGAGUUUCAACCGUUUCCUAUGAAAGAGAUCUUGGCUAUGGAGAUGAGUUGGUAUACAAGUCCUAAAGAAGAUACUGGUUGUGCUACUACUUAUGCUUCUGAUGUUUACCGUCUUGGUGUUCUUCUCUUUGAGCUGUUUUGUCCUGUCUCUUCUAGAGAAGAGAAGUCAAGAACCAUGUCUAGCUUAAGACAUCGUGUUCUUCCGCCUCAGAUAUUGCUCAACUGGUCUAAAGAAGCUUCCUUCUGCUUGUGGUUACUUCACCCUGAGCCUACCUAUCGACCGUCCAUGAGUGAGUUGCUGAAAAGCGAGUUUAUCAACGAACCUAGAGAGAGUUUGGAAGAGCGUGAAGUUGCGAUAGAUCUAAGGGAGAGAAUCGAGGAGCAGGAGUUACUGCUAGAGUUCUUGUUUCUGAUUCAACAAAGAAAGCAAGAAACGGCAGACAAGUUGCGUGAUACGGUUUCGCUUCUUUCUUCCGAUAGAGUCUUAAAAAGACAGCUGAGCUUGAAGCAAAAAGGAAACGAUGUCCUUUCGUUCUUGGUCUCAGGAAAACGGAUCAGACAAGGAGCUGAGGGAGUUGAAGCAGAAGAAAACGAGGAUGAUACUCUAAACAGCACGCUUCUUGAAAACUCUCGUUUAAUGAGAAACUUCAAGAAACUUGAAUCAGUCUACUUUGCAACAAGAUACAGACAAAUCAAAGCUUCUGCUUCUGCUUCUAAAGACAAACCGUUGGCAAGAUACUACUCAGCGUUGAGUAGUGAUGGUAAAAGUUCAGUAAGCAACCUGACACAACCGGAUUCUAGACAAGGCGGGUGGAUUGAUCCAUUCCUUGAGGGUUUAUGCAAGUAUCUGACUUUCAGUAAGCUGAGAGUGAAAGCAGAUUUGAAGCAAGGGGACUUGUUGAAUUCAGCUAACCUCGUUUGCGCGAUUGGGUUUGACCGUGAUGGGGAGCUUUUCGCCACGGCUGGGGUCAACAAGAAGAUCAAGAUAUUUGAAUGCAAGUCCAUAAUAAAUGAUGGCAGGGACAUUCACUAACCUGUGGUGGAACUAGCUAGCCGGUCUAAGCUAAGUGGUAUAUGUUGGAACAACUACAUUAAGAGCCAAAUUGCAUCUAGUAACUUUGAAGGCGUGGUUCAGGUAUGGGAUGUUGCAAGAGGACAGUUAGUUACAGAGAUGAAGGAGCAUGAGAAGCGUGUAUGGUCCAUUGAUAUAUCAACAGCAGAUCCAACAUUGUUAGCAAGUGGUAGCGAUGAUGGUUCUGUGAAUCUGUGGAGUAUCAAUCAGGGGGUUAGUAUUGGAACAAUUAAGACAAAGGAAAAUGUAUGUUGUGUCCAGUUUCCCUCAGACUCGGGUCGGUCUUUAGCAUUUGGUUCAGCUGAUCACAGAGUUUACUACUAUGAUUUAAGGAACCCUAAGCUUCCUCUUUGCACAAUGAUUGGUCACACCAAGACUGUAAGUUAUGUCAGGUUUGUAGAUUCAUCAACACUUGUGUCAUCUUCAACGGAUAACACUCUGAAGCUAUGGGACUUAUCGAUGUCUGUUUCUGGUGUUAAUGAAGCCCCUGUUUACUCAUUCAUGGGACACACUAAUGUAAAGAACUUUGUCGGAUUAUCGGUCUCUGAUGGCUAUCUAGCAACAGGCUCGGAGACUAAUGAGGUUUAUGUGUACCACAAGGCAUUUCCAAUGCCGGUUUUGUCAUACAAGUUCAAAACUGUAGACCCUGUGUCGGGGCUCGAAGUAGAGGAUGCCUCUCAGUUCAUAUCUUCUGUCUGCUGGCGCGGACAAUCUUCCACCUUAGUUGCUGCAAACUCCACUGGAAACAUCAAGAUUCUGGAGAUAGUAUGAACCAAAUGUGACCCAGGGAAAAAUAAUAGUUUUCAGAGGUUUCUUAUUCUUAGUUUGAUUGGUAUAGGAAACAAUUUUGGGAGAGUGAGUGAGUAGUAAAAGUGGAAACAUGGUUGCUACUGUGUAUUUGUGUAUAGAAGCAUCUUUGUAUAUGUGUAGUAUACUUAUUGUAAACCCUAAUUAAACCAGUAAGUAACUUGACAUACAAGGAA